AUGUUAAAGUUAAUAUAUACUCAAAUCUUUAUCAACAAUGAAUGGCAUAAAGCAACAAAUGGGAAAACAUUUUCUCUCAUCAAUCCAAGUACAGGAGAAGAAAUCUGUCAAGUAGACGAAGGCAUUAGAGCUGAUGUUGAUAAAGCAGUUGAAGGUGCUCAAACAGCUUUUGAUAUUGAAUCACCAUGGCAUAAAUUAGAUCCUCUUUCUUUUUCUCAACAUAAGUCAAUAUGUGAUGGACCUGAAUGUGGUUAUGCAAUUGCUGUUCAUGCACAUAUUGAUAAAGCAGCUUGUACUAGUUCAGUUGAAGUUGGAAAGAAAAUACAAGAAGCAGCAACUAAAUCAAAUCUUAAAUGUAUUACACUUGAACUUGAAUGUGAUGGUGAACGAGUUGAUAAUAAAGAUUAUUUUAUCAAAGCAACUAUUUUUAGUGAUGUAAAAGAUGAUAUGCAAAUUACUCGUGAAGAGAGUAAUCUUGAUAAAGCAAUUGAAGCUGCUGAAAAAGAUGCUGGAUGGGCUGAUAAAAUCACUGAUGAAACACUUCCAUCAGAAUCAGGUAUUUUUAUUACCUAUAUUAAACAUGAAUCAGUUGGUAUCUAUGGACAAAUCAUUUCAUGUCAUAAUCAAUUAGAAACAAUUCUUGAAUGUAUUCGAUCGGGUAAAAAAGUUAGUGAUAAAGGUUAUUUUAUUCGAUCUACUAUUUUUACUAAUAUAAAAGAUGAUAUGAAAGUAGCUCGUGAAGAAUUUAUGAGUAUUAGCAGAGGAUCUAUUAGAAUACCAGAUAACAUGGCUGGAGUAAAAUUUUCGAUUUGGGAUUUAACUAUCUUAAAAUAA